AUGUAUGAUGAAUCGAUGUUAAUCGAGGAGCUCUUCGAGACGUACAGCAAGGAGAAAAGAGUUCCCGUGGCCGGCGUCAUAGUCGAGCCGAUCCAAGCCGAGGGUGGCGACAACCACGGGUCCAACUACUUUUUCCAAAAACUGCAGCAAAUCACCAAAAAGAACGAAGCGGCCCUGCUGAUAGACGAGGUCCAAACCGGUGGCGGUCCGACCGGGAAGAUGUGGUGCCACGAGCACUUUGAGCUCGAGUCACCGCCCCACAUCGUUACCUUCAGCAAGAAGAUGCAGCUCGGCGGCUACUACCACCUCGAGGAGAUGAAACCGAAGCAAGCCUACCGCGUUUUCAACACUUGGAUGGGCGAUCCGAGCAAGCUGCUACUCCUGGAGGCGGUCGUUGACGUGAUAUUCAAGGACAACCUGUUGGACCUGGUCACCCGAGUCGGCGAUUACACCUUGGCCGAGCUCAGGAAGAUGGAGAACGAGUUCUCGGGGACGAUGAAUUCGUCGCGGGGCAAGGGCACCUUCAUCGCCUUCAACUGCGCCACUUCGGAGCUCAGAGACGCGACGAUCAAGAAGCUUCUGAAACGAGGUAUUCAAGCGGGAGGCUGCGGUGACUGCGCCGUACGGCUGAGGCCGGCUCUCACGUUCACCGAGCACCACGCCAACAUAUUCCUGGACAACCUUCGCUCAGUAUUGAAGGGAUAAGCAUUUGAAAUGACGAGACAGAGAAUAAUAAUAAUAUCACACAAGUCUUCCACGUGCGCAGCGAGAGCAGGCCCGGGGCUACCCGGGUCGGUGUACCUGUGAGAGAUUGUAAUUUCAAUUUUCUAUUGGCAACUGUUCUGUAUUCAUACUUUUGCAUUCCCUGUGAUUAUAUAUUGGAUCGUAUCCGUAACUUUGAUUUUUAUUUUUAUUUUUUUCUUUUACGUCAAUUUUGUUUGAGGGAAGAUUGAUUUGCAGUGUAGCUUGCGAAUUGUAUAGCUUGUAUUUGUUUUUUGUUUUUUUCUCGUUUAUAUGUAUAAAGGUAUAAUUUACAACUUCUUGCUGUAUCAGCCUCGUCGACAUUUUACACGUAUAAAAAGCGUUUCACAGCAAAUACAAAUAUUCUUACAAAUA